AUGCGGGGUCGGGAGGAUGGAACGCCACUUCCAUCGGACCCUUCUCCUGUAUCAAGUACUGCUCCAACUCUCACUCAAGUACAGCAGCAUCCACGAAUCAUGGCGAAUAUGAAUGCGAAUGACGUUACACCCUUUUGUAUCAACGGCAAAGAACACAUACCAGACAAGACGUUCGAUGUAUUCUCGCCAACGACCGGCGAACUUGCUGGUCGAGCGGGCAGUGCGGCACAUCAAGAUGUCGAACAGGCUGUCAACGCGGCGGCAGCUGCUUUUCCCAAAUGGAAGAAGACAGGGCCGACUCAGCGACGGGAUCUCUUCUUGAAAGCCGGAGAUGUUAUGGAAAAGCGUAGAGAAGAGCUGAUCCAGUGUUCUGUCGACGAGAUUGGCGGGACUUUUGACUGGGGCGCUUUCAACGUUGACACUGCGAUCAACAUGCUCAGAGAUGUCGCCGGUCGGGUCACGUCGAUUGAAGGGAGCAUUCCCAUGACCCAGGACCCCGAAAGAAGCUGCAUGGUUGUGCGUGAGGCUUACGGGGUGGUUCUGUCCAUUGCUCCAUGGAAUGCCGCGUACAUCCUUGGUCUGCGCUCCGUGGUGUACCCGAUCGCUGCAGGCAAUACUGUCGUGUUCAAGACCUCAGAGUUCUCGCCGCGCACUCACUGGAUGAUCGCGUCCAUCCUACAGGAAGCCGGGUUCCCAGACGGGGUUCUCAACACAAUCUGCUGUGAGCCCUCUUCUGCCCCCAAGAUCACCUCGGCCUUGAUAUCAAAUCCGCACGUCCGGAAGAUCAACUUUACUGGCAGCACCAAUGUCGGGCGGAUCAUCGGGCGACUGGCGGGCGAGAACCUCAAGCCCGUGGUGCUCGAGCUCGGCGGAAAAGCACCAGCGAUUGUAUGGGAGGACGCCAAUCUGGAAACAGCGGCUUUACAGUGUGCUUUGGGAUCCUUUUUGAAUUCCGGCCAAAUCUGCAUGAGCACCAAACAGUUCCAGGAGAAGCUGAAGGCGUCCAUUGACCAAGUCUUUUCCGCAGACGGGCCCUCGCCAGUGCUCAUCAACGAUGCCGCGGUCAAAAAGAACAAGGCGUUGCUGAACGACGCAACAUCAAAGGGUGCCAUCGUCCUCUUUGGUGACCCAUCUGCCGACGAAGGUCGCUCAAACUUGAUGAGGCCGGUUGUCCUCGGCAACAUUACCCCUGCCAUGGACAUCUACAAGACCGAAUCGUUUGGUCCUACCGUGUCCAUUAUCGAGAUCGACACAGAAGAACAAGCAGUCGACAUUGCAAACGAUACCGAGUACGGGCUGACAUCUGCUGUCUUCACUGAGGACCUGAGACGCGGGCUGCGCUUUGCUCGACAGAUCGAGUCGGGCGCUGUCCAUAUCAACUCCAUGACGGUACAUGACGAGCCCUUCAUCCCCCAUGGAGGCACGAAAAUGAGUGGCCAUGGGCGGUUCAACUCGACUGCCGGCAUCUUGGAAUGGACCUGGACCAAGAACAUCUUCUUUUAGAGGUCGUGAGCGACAUUCCGCGGUCUGUGGAUGAAGCUGUGCCGGGCUUAUAGUUUUAGAUAGUGCGAACAGAAGGCGUAACAAACGUGUAGCAUUCGAAGAAUUGAGUAUCUUGCUAAGUUGUCGAAAGACGCCUGCUGCAUGAAGGCUUUAACUAGCAAG